AUGGCUCCGAGUUCCCGUGUCUGGCUCAUCACCGGCUGUUCCUCUGGCUUCGGCCUGCAGCUGGCCAAGAUCGCCGCCGCGCGCGGUGAUCGCGUCCUGGCCGCCUCGCGUCGCCCGGACAAUAUCGAGGAGCUGGCUGGUCAGAAGAACAUCAGACUCGUUCGCCUCGACCACAACGAGGAUCUUGACAAGAUCAAGAGUGCCGUCAACGACAUCAUCUCGGUAUACGGCACCAUCGACAUCGUCGUCAACAACGCCGCCUACGUUCAGAUGGGUACCAUCGAGGAGGCCUCCCCGGAGGAGACUCUCCGGCAGUUCCAGGCCAACCUCUUCGGGCCCCUCAACCUCUACCGCGCUGUGCUCCCCCACCUCCGCAGCAGGGGCCGCGGCACACUCGUAACCAUCGGCUCCAUGGCCGCCUGGUAUACCAUGAGCAGCUGUAACCUGUACAACGCGUCCAAGGCGGCCCUGCGGUGGGCCACCAUCGGCCUGGCCGAGGAGGUCAAGGGGUUCGGCAUCGAGCACUGCCUGGUCGAGCCGGGCUUCUUCCGCACGGCCCUGCUCAAGCCAGGCGCCAACCUUGCGGGAACCCCGCCGUCGACGCGGCUGAUGGCGUACUCCGACAUCAAUGCGGUGGCGGACGAGAAUCUCAGGAAAUACCACGGCAAGCAGCUCGGCAACCCGACCAAGGGCGCCGAGAUCAUUUACGACGUGGCCACCUCGACGGGCGUCGCCGAGGGGAAGCCGCUCCCGGGGUUUCUGCCGCUGGGGAGCGACGCCUCCAGGGAGAUAUCCAAGUCUCCUCACCUGACAUGGGAUGCCAUUGACGAGUGGCGGUCCAUCAGCGCCCUGAGCGACUUCCCUGCUGGAGCGUAG